AUGCGACAAAUCAUUUUUUGCGUGUUGCUCGGAGUUUUACAUUUUGGCGCAUCGUAUGGCUACGUUAUUGAAGACUGGCAUAUCAAUACAAGAAUUAAUGUGGCUGGUGACCAGUUUGUUGGUUUUGUAAAGGCAGACGGUAGUUUUGCAGUGACUAAUGUCCCCUCUGGUUCGUAUAUUAUUGAAGCCAUCAAUCCAGUUUAUUAUUUCCAGGGUGUUCGUGUUGACAUAAGCUCUAAAGGCCGAAUUCGAGCACGUCAACUUAUUGCUCCACAACCGAAUGCUGUGAAAGAAAUCCCUUAUCCAUUACAUCUUUCCAGUGCUGGAAAAGCAGUUUACUUUAAGGCUCGUGAACAACUGCGCACUUUAGAUUUGUUAUUCAAUCCAAAUGUUCUCUAUGUUCUAGUCCCAUUGAUAUUGGUUGUGGUACUCACAAAGUUGGUGAAUACAAGUGACCCUGAAUUACAAAAAGAAAUGCAGCAAAUGAAUAUAUUAAAUCCGCAACAACAAAUGCCCGAUAUGAGUGAAUUUCUCUCGUCAUUAUCUUUGUUCGGUGGUGGUGGAGGUAGUGGUGGCGGUGUUGCAGGCGGAGGAAAUAAGAAAACACCAACUAACAGACGAAAACUUGGGAAAAAAGUCGUCAGAAUAAUAGUAUUAGUACUUCUACAGCCAUUUCAGAGGGUUCAAGUUAUCACUCCAUCACUACCUCUGCUACUGGCAGUAAUACCUCAAGUUCUCCUGCUUCCACAUCUAAGCGAACCUCAGCAAAGACAAGAAAGUCGGAGUUAA